CAAUCAAUAUUUUUUUCCAAAAAAAAAAGAUGAAGCCCGUAUUGAAUGUUGUUCCACGUGUGACGGUGGCAGUAACUGCAGCGCCAGCAGAAGGAGUGGUAGUAUCUGCGCGUUCAAGAGGAAGAAAGCCACUGCGCGGAGUCGCACGCCGGAUAAGGUCCAAGCCGCUCACACUCACAGUCAAAGCAAUGCGAGCCGUCGUUCAGCGAGUCGCCUCCGCAUCCGUCGAGGUUGAAGGCCGCAUCGUCUCCGAGAUCGGCCCCGGCCUCCUCGUCCUUGUCGGAAUCCACGACUCCGAUUCCGACGCCGAUGCCGAUUACAUAUGCAGGAAAGUCUUGAACAUGAGGUUGUUCCCUAAUGAAAAUACGGGAAAAGCAUGGGACCAUAGUGUGAUGCAGAAAAAAUAUCAAGUUCUGCUUGUGAGCCAGUUUACCUUGUAUGGAUUCCUCAAGGGUAACAAGCCAGAUUUUCAUGUUGCUAUGCCUCCGCAGAAGGCCAACCCCUUCUAUGCGUCUUUAGUUGACAGGUUCAGGAACACAUAUAACUCAGAUGCUAUCAGGGAUGGUGUGUUUGGAGCAAUGAUGAAGGUAAAUUUGGUUAAUGAUGGACCAGUUACCAUGCAGCUUGAUUCACAAUCGUCCAAGAAUACGUCUGACACAGCAGAAUCUUGAUCUGCCUUGAUGAAAAAUGAGUUUUGAGAUCCAACCAAUUUUUUCGGCAAAAUCAUGUAGGACAUGGUCAUUCACAUGGGUUUUGUUGAUCAUUCUAUAUGAAGCUCAUUAUCUGGUACUGGAAAUCACUUAUCCAUCUUGGAGCACUAUUUCAGCUCAAGGAUGCCUAAGGUUGUCCUUGCCCAUUCUGUUUAUACGGAAAUAGAGUUUGUAUUCUUUUUGUACUCACUAAAGCCAGAUGAUUACCCCUGUGUGAAGGGCUAAUGGCCUUAUGACCAUUAUAUUUGCCAAAUUGUAUUUUUAAUGUAGUCUGUUGUAGACCCAUAUUUUGGACUAAAUCCCCGUAGUGGUCCCUCAAAUUCACGAUUUUCACCAUUUUAGUCCCUCAGAUUCAAAAUUGAAUAUACUAGUCUUUGAGAUCCAAUUUUAGGCACCACAUUGGUCCCUAAAUGCUUUCCAAUAUUGAAUCAACGAACAAAAUGCUUAGCUAGCUUUGACUUGUCACGCUAGACACAUGGCUAAAUAGUAUCUUUUCGUUUUAGCUCUUAAAAAGGACAAAAGAAGAUCGUUUUGGAGAAUGAAGAGAGACAUAAUGAUUUACACAUCAUAUAAACUCUUCUUCCUUUUCUCGUUUUUACAUUGUUUAAUGCCAAAAUGAAAUGACGUUAUUUAGCCAUAUGUCCAGUGUGGCAAGUCAGAGCUAAUUCAGCACUUAGUUUGCUAAUUCAGUAUUAGAAAGGGUCCAGGGACUAUUAUGGUACCCAGAACUGAAUCUCGAAGAUCAGUACAGGUAAUUUUAAAUUUGAGGGACUAAAAUAGUAAAAGUUGUGAAUCUGAAGGACCACUUUGGGGAUUUAGUCCAUAUUUUGUAAUAAAAUUUUCGGUUGGUGUUACUCGA